GUAAAUAUUAAAAAUAAUAGUUUUGUGUUGCAGACGCAGAUAAAUAAAUGAAUGGAAUGUUUCGAGCAUAAUUCCAUACAUUUCCAAUUGUAGUUUGCCAAUCUGUCGAUUAUGUGUAACGCCAAAUGACUUUCGGGUACCUCGUUUUACAGCUACGGCUCUCAUCAGUUCACUUUUUACCUUGGAUACGCUCGUUUCGUUUCUCUCGUCGAGUUCGGUUUAUUAGCGAAUAGUGUAAAAGGAUAUGUGAGCUGCAGAAUUAGCAGACUGGUUUGGACAAAAAAGAUAGUAGUAGCUUGCGUUUUUAGCAAUAGAACCCUAAGGUCCGUAUCGAAAAAAAUGUCACAUAACGAGCGUAAACCUCGUUUGAGUGCGGUUAAAUUUAUGGAAUUGGGAUUUUCCGCCGCCUGCCUGGCAUUGCAUUUCUACAGUUUCGACGACCGCGACAUACUGACCUCAUUCGUAGCGACGGGCACCUUUUCCGGCUACAUAAUUGUCGUUGUGGGUAUUUUCGCAGGUGUCCUAAUGCGUGCGCCCAUCCACAGACGCAUCGACAUAUUCUACAGCGUGCUCGGCUGUGGGCUGUUCAUCGCCUCGGGUGUGUUCAUAAUCGAGGCAUGGGAGUUUUCAUUUCGCACACGCACACGCGAUUUGGCGCUCAUUAAGGCAUCGCUGGCCAUUGUGAAUGGGGUGUUGUUUGGCUUCGAUGCGAUUUUUACCUUUCGUGACAAAUGAGAGCGACACACAAACGGCGGUCGGUGGACGGGAGCCGGUGGAGGAGGAUUACGAUGAUGCGUUUCCGGAAUUGCCAGAAUUUUAUAGAGUAUUUUAAGUCAUAAAGCGCAUACAAACAAACAUACAAACAUAUAAAUACAUUUUUCAUUACAACAGUUUUAUUUUUAGCUCUAGUUUUUAUAGUUUUUCUGCCAUUUUUUAACUACUUUGCUGUUGUUUAUUUAGAUGCUUUUUGGCGUAACAUUUUUCAUGUCAAAUAAAAUUUAAAUUUUUGUGCCAUUAAAUCACAUACCCGCUUACAUAUAUACUAGUAAAUAUGUACAUAUAUUAGUAUUUAUGUAUUUUAAUACGACUUCUUUUUUUAUUACAUGAGUCAAGGAAUUCUUAAUGCUUGCGUGGUGUUGCUUGCUUUUUAGAUUUUCACUAAGCAGACAACAGAUGUUUUCUGCUUCAGUAUGUACAUAAAUUUAGUAGAAUUUUUUGGCAAAAUGCGCAAUAUGCCAGAAACUGAAGUUUCACAGCUUCAAUCAACUAAAGUUCAAGAGUUUUUAGCUGGUAUUUUUAUAGAGAGGUUUUAGGUAUUAUUUUUGUAAUGACUCUUUUGUGUAUUAAGCAUAUAUUUCUAAGCGCACAGACUGUAUGCACAACAUAUACACACCUAGUUUUGUUGAUUUAUGUAUGUAUUCAAGUCGUACUCUAUAGCAGGAUGUCGUCAUUUCUGUUUUUUCUUCGUAUAUCUUCGUUUAAUGUCGAAAGCAGUGACUUCAUAUGUGAAUUAGUAUACGCAAUAAAAUGUUGCGCAACAUCUGUAUAUAUGAAAAUGGCGAUAGCAUGUUCUCUGCAACUUCUAAUUCAUGUAUUUUCAUUGGUUCUAAAACCGCAAGCAUUUUCAACAUGCUCACAGUGUCCUUUCUUCAUUCGGCAAUUUGGCGCCAAUUCGAAACCCGUAAAACAACAUAGCCUUUAUUUUUUUAUCCAAUUUGGAGAAGAUCUCCCUUAAGCUCUGCUUGAAAAUCUUUCAUAGCUGUGAAAUCGGCAUUGGUUUAAACGACAGUCCUAUAUUUUGAGUCGCUAUACUAUUCAUCGAUUUGUCUCUUAUCUAUAUACUACAAGUGCAUCAUAUAUUAGGACGAGCAUAAUAAGAAUCUUAUCAAUGAGUUCAAAUGUAGAUAACUACAACUUUGACAAUAUAGUCUCUUAAUAUGUUACUAAACGACUAAGUUCCAUUAAGUUGUCAACAAUAUCCGCAUAACGCCAAUGGAACGACUUCGUAAGCUAAAAAAAAAAAUAGUUUGACAGUGUUUAUACUUUCUGAAAUAUUUUGAUCAUUACUAGAUUUACUGUCUUGAAGCAACAUUGAAAAGAGAGUAAACUGAUUUCUCUUAUAUUAUACGUUUGUUUUUAUAGUUAGCACCUAUAAACAAAACUAACUCUAAAAUUAUAUGCGAAGAUUGUAGGAACAGUAUUUUUCUGCCUCUAUCUGACUUUUUGCAUAAGGCUCCAAACCUUCUAGGAAAAUAGGUAAAGUACCAGAAAGUGUGUUUUUAUACGAAAGUUUAAACUAUGAAUAUAUCGAAGCAAAGUUCUUCCUUGACUUUACCAGUGAAUAGGCGGACCCUUAUAAUUUUUGUAAUUGUUCAAUGAACCAUCACAUUAAAUGGUGCAAUCACUCAAAAUUCUGUUCUAUCUAUUUGUGGAAUAUAAGUUGAUUCGAUAAGGUAGAUCCACAAUAUUGAUCAUCACCCUAUACUCUUCUUUAUACAAUCUAGAUAAAAGUAUUUAACCAAUUCCUUUAAAACUCAGUUUAAGGUAUGUAAUGGGGAGAUCUAAUCCAAGGAGGGUUGAUCUUUUAAAGAGACAGCAUAGGUACAUAUGAAGCUUACGAAAAUUAUUUUGCUUUAUAUGGAUCUAAAUAUACUCUUUCUCUCUCUCUUUAAUUUAUUUGUUUGUUUAUGUUAACAACAUUUUGAUUCACUGUAUGCCAGUUAAAGUUUCGCGCGGUCAUCCCGCUGAAGCAACAUGUUGCCUCUGAAACACAAAAAGAGUUUCCAGCAAGAUUUUGAGAGAUUCAAAGCAACAUAUAGCUGUGUUGGCAACAACGCGAUUCAUUGUCAACAAUGCAAGUAGACAGAAACCGGCUAAGCGAGCUGCUCCAACAAGCAGUCAGCCGAACCCCAAACGAAGCGAUGCUAUAUUGGUGGCACAGACGAAACUAACAAUCAGUACGAUUUGAACGCUCGCGAAAGUAACGCGCUUGUUGUGAGAAAGUUGAAUUUGAUUAAAAAUAAAAA